CGUUACCCCGGUAUCCCUUCGAUGCGAUGAGGAGGUUCCCUUCCUGAACAAGUGAACACACAGAAGAGAAGUUGAGCAGACACAGGGAAAAGAUACGACCUGGAGACUAGAUAAAAGCACAUCGACACCUGAAUAUACGUCAAUCCAUAACCCCGCUGUGUCUGCGAGGCUACAUGCGCGGCCCCGGCGGAACCGCUUAAAUCGAGUGGCGUGCACGCCAGGUGUCGGGCCAACCAGUGGGGAAAAAUGAAAUUUACUUCAUGCAGGCUGUGGCCAGUGCUGGCGCUCCUCAUCUCUUGGUCGGCGGCGGCGGCGGCGGCGGUGGGCGAGGGGUCUCUGCUGGACGGCUGGCACGACGUGUGGCCCUUCCGCUUCCUGCUCAACAUGAUGGGCUACUCCACCAUCAUCAUCCCCGGCUACCUGCUCAUCAAGUACUUCAGGCGCACCAACUACCAGGACACGGGUCACGGUAUCUGUAGCCCCGUCAUCAAGGCCUGCGUGUUCGGCAGCGAGACCAAGUCGGGCCUGCUGGACGAGGUGUCCAGCGCGCCCAGGGUAGAGGUGGACUCCGGAUCGCCCGUCAGACAGAUGUUCAAGUUGACCUUCUGUGCGGUGGGCCUUCAGGUUUCCUACCUGACGUGGGGCGUCCUGCAGGAGCGCGUGAUGACCCGCUCCUACGGCGAGGCCCCGGCGGAGCAGGCGGUGGGCGAGCCGGACGCGGGUGGCGAGCGCUUCACCGACUCCCAGUUCCUGGUGUUCAUGAACCGCAUCCUGGCGCUCACGGUGUCGGGCCUCUGGUGCCUCAUCAUCAAGCAGCCGCGGCACGGCGCGCCGCUCUACAAGUACUCGUUCGCCUCGCUCUCCAACAUCCUGAGCAGCUGGUGCCAGUACGAGGCGCUCAAGUACAUCAGCUUCCCCACGCAGGUGCUGGCCAAGGCGUCCAAGGUCAUCCCCGUCAUGCUCAUGGGCAAGAUGGUGUCGCACAAGAGCUACGAGUACUGGGAGUACCUGACGGCGGCGCUCAUCUCGGUGGGCGUGGGCCUGUUCCUGCUGUCGAGCUCGGCGGCCCACCAGCCAUCCACGGUCACCACCUUCAGCGGCGCCGUCAUCCUGGCGGGCUACAUCGUGUUCGACAGCUUCACGUCCAACUGGCAGGACCACCUGUUCAAGUACAAGAUGUCGUCGGUGCAGAUGAUGUUCGGCGUGAACCUCUUCUCGUGCCUGUUCGCCGUGGGCUCGCUGCUGGAGCAGGGCGCGCUGGUGGAGGCGCUGGCCUUCAUGCACCGCCACCCGGACUUUGCGUGCCACGCGGCGCUGCUGUCGGUGUGCUCGGCGUGCGGCCAGCUCUUCAUCUUCUACACCAUCAGCCAGUUUGGUGCGGCCGUGUUCACCAUCAUCAUGACCCUGCGGCAGGCCAUCGCCAUCCUGCUGUCGUGCCUGCUCUACGGGCACGCCGUCACCGCCAUGGGCGUGCUGGGCAUCGGCGUGGUGUUCCUGGCGCUCUUCCUGCGGCUGUACGCGCGCAGCCGCGCCAAGGCCGGCCGGCGCUCGGCCUUGCCGCCGGCGCAGAAGGUCUGAGGCAGGGGCCUGGCGGUGGGGGGCAGGGGGGAGGGGGAAGGGAUUUCUUUGUUUUCGGUUUUCUUUUUACUGAAAUGAGAGCAGAGGCCAUUUUUUCUCCUGUGGCCCCUUUUGAUUGUACGCACGAUGGUUUAAAACUUGUAACCUGUAUUUUUACUUUUUUGUUUUUAAUCCGGUUUUAUUUUAUUCUAUUCCAGGGGUGCAUUAUUUCUUUAUUUUGAGUAAAGACACUGAAAGGGAUCCUGCAAUUUCGGGUUCUUUGUCAUUUUUCCAAGAUGGCUCAAAGGGAUUAAUAAGACUUUACUUGCCGGUCGUCACUCAUCUUCAGUGACUGUGAAGUUGGUCGUCAUAAUGUGAGUGUGUUUAUGAAAGCGUCAUUAUCACACCCAUCCCCUAAAGACUUGAUGAAGGCACCAACAAAACCAUCCACAAUCAAUGUCAAAGCUCUUCCUCGGUGGUGGUUUGGUACUGGGCUUGGUUUUGCCCGAGAUGCUGACGUUGCUAUGUUGCGGUAACCUGGCAACCCCAUGCACAUCCAACUUUUUGUGUUCCAUCAUGUUUACCGCGACACAAGAUCAGACCAGGAAGGAUUGUAAGGAGAACGGGCACUUCUCCACAUUGAAGGUACGGCCGGGAACAACUUCUACUAACUGUCUGGUCAAAUUUGUUUUUUAAUGUUUCUGUGAGAAAGGAGGCCUGUUUCAAGAAAGUAGAAAACAAAAGGAGAAUAAGUUACACAACACUUGAAUAAAUGUCAACUAUGGGUCACCUAACGCAUACAAAUAUUUGUAGAUAAAUAAUCCCACCCUCCUCCUAUACACAUAAAGGUGUCAUUUCACGGUGAGGCUCAACCUCAAGGCCAAAAAAAAAAAGAAUAAUGUUAGUUAUAACAUGUUUCAAAGAGAAAGAUCAUUCCAGUGCUAGGAAUAAUUCAAUGUUGGAAUUGUCUGCACCUGCACUUGUACUGGUGGAUUUGCAAAGAAAACAACUGAAAGUCGAGCGAAUCACCUCAAUAAGAGCCUUCUAUGGAGAUUAGAGAAGCAGUCUCUUUUUUAUGUCUUGUCUGCCUGACUCUUCCUUCUCAAAUAUCACCUAUUCUAUGAUUUAACGGGCCUUCUUACAAACACUUGGGUAUGUGGAUGGAUUUAAAAACAAAAGCCUUUGUUAAUUGAAAACUGUGUGUGUGUGAUGAAUGUGUGUGUGAUGAAUGUGUGUGUGUGUGUGUGUGUGUGAUGAAUGUGUGUGUGUGAUGAAUGUGUGUGUGUGUGUGUGUGAUGAAUGUAGGUGUGAGUACAAAAAACGGUGGAUACUUUGCUCCUUUUUGUGUUUAUAUUAUUUGUGUAUUUACCCAAGUAACUGGAUUAAUAAUAAAUACAAUAAGUUAACUAUAAAA